CAUAUCCAUCGACCCAUCGUAGGCUCUAGCUGUCAUUCACUUGUGCAGCCGAUGUGAAUGCCAUAGACCACCAAAAUGCUGCAAAAGAUGAAGUAAAGAGUUAACAUACAACUUACAACCAUGGUCGGAAGUGCCAGUUUUUUGAGCCAUGGCUUUGUCCACCAUAACUUCCCACAAACCCAAAAUCUGAUUUCUCAUAACUAUAAUCCCAAAUUAAAAGUGAUAAAAUGUGCAUUAACCAAACAGGGUAAUCGUUUUCUGACUUCAAUUUCAAGUUCAACCUUAUCUUAUUCAAUUGACCCAUCUCCAACUCACCGCUUAAUUCACAAAUUUGUAUCAACUUCUUCAAAAUCAGUGAGUCUUACCACUCUCAAUCAUCUUAUUUCUCCACGUUCUGCUCAUUCUCGCCUUUUCUUCAUCGUACUUCCUCUUUACAUGAAAAUUACACAAGUAUCUUGGUUUUCAUGGAACUCCAAACUAGUAGCCAGUGUUAUUGCAUUUCUAUACAAACAAGGCCAAAUAGAACAAGCUGAACUUCUCAUUGCAGAAAACAUUUCAAGUUUCUGUUCCAAAGAGAGAGAUCUCGUCGCCUUUUACUGCAAUUUGAUAGAUUCUCAUGCCAAAUUGAAAUCAGAAAAUGGGUUUUGUAAUACAUUAGCACACUUGAAAGAGAUCGCAUCGAAAUCGACAUCUACCUAUGUAAGAAAAAGAGCCUAUGCAGCCAUGGUUGGUGGACUCUGUGUCAUGGGCCGUCCCCACGAAGCUCGUAACUUGAUUGCUGAAAUGAAACAGAUGGGUAUAAGACCAUCAGUUUUUGAGUUUAGGUCAAUAGUUGAAGGGUAUGGAAGAAUAGCAUUAUUUGAUGAAAUGUUGCAAAGUCUUUCUGAUAUGGAGAAAAAUGGCUUUGCAUUAGAUAUGAUCUCUUUAAACAUGGUGCUGUUAUCGUACGGUCUGCAUAAUGAGCUUCCGCGGAUGGUUUGGUGGCUGCAAAAAGCGAAAGGUUUAGGCAUUCGACUUUCAGUACGAACAUAUAAUUCCGUUCUAAACUCCUGCCCGACUGUGAUUUCAUUGUUGCGAGAUAUUAAAACUGUGCCCGUUUCACUACACGAGUUAAUUCGAGUGUUGGAGGGUGGUGAAGGUUUAUUGGUACAAGAAUUGGCUCAGUCAUUGCUCGUAGAUGAGAUCAUUGCGUGGGAUCGGUUUGAGUCGAAGUUGGAUAUGCACGGAAUGCACUUGAGUACAUCGUAUAUAAUAAUGCUUCAAUGGAUGGAGGCGCUGCGUAAAAGAUUUACUUCCGGGGAGUAUGAAGUUCCUGCAGAGAUAACGGUUGUUUGUGGAAUGGGGAAGCGUAGCAGUGUAAGAGGUGAAUCGCCUGUGAAAACACUCGUGAAAGAGAUAGUUGUUCGUACGAGGAGUCCUCUUAGGGUUGAUCGAAAGAACAUCGGUUGUUUCGUUGCCAAAGGGCGAUCUGUCAAGGAGUGGUUGUGUAUAAAUCAGUAGGAUUUCGAGUUUCUAGCCAUCAGUCCAAGCAGACGUAUGAUGCAUGAAGCUGUGCCACUCUUUGAAGAUGAUGAGGCGUUUGUUCAUCGACUAGGAAGGUUCUCGACUUUUUGUGACUUGUGAACAAAUAAUCUGUCGAAUCUCGAAGCUAUGUAAUCAAUACUAGCCACCACCAGCCCAUCAGCAAAGCAAUGUUGCUGGGAUUUGGGAAAUGGUAUUGCAUACAUCUCUUGAUCUCCAUCAGUGGGUCAGCUCAUCUACAAGCGUCCAGGUUAAGAUCGAGAUCCAUUUGGUACUUACGAUGCUGUAUCCUCUCGACUUUAUAUUUGUUGAUCCUUUAGAAGAAACUCUAGGUUUUCCGAUUGGAGCUUGCCUUUUAUGAUGGCCAUUUCAUACUGGAACAGCGAAUAAAGACUUUGACUAAUUUUAACCUUCGGUUUUUGUUCGCUGUUACUAACAGCGAACAGCUCCAAGUUACAGAUUUGUAAAAAAAAACUGCUUAUCUUGAGAAAUAGUUUGAAAUUUUAGCUAUUAUGUAAAUUUUUAUAUUUUUUUCUUA